AUGUUUGACGUGAGUCAGCCUACCGGAAUAAAAUUCCUUUUUUUCACGACGCACGACGACUUUUAGUACUUUUGAGUGUACGUCUUGUUUUUUUUUGCUAGUUUCUGUUAGUAUUUUCGCAGUGUACAGGAAGUAUGUGAUGCGCUAUCGUAAGUACUAGCUACCUUUAGCUCAUGUGACUCGUUUAUCCUCUUUCAGAUAACACAACUCCGAGUUCCCCUAAAACGAACGGUUGUUCUGUUAAAUCUCGCCCUGUGCUUCGCCGAAGACCUAGUGAAUACGGAUUUCCUGGGUUGUCUUAAUGGAGGGACUCGCGUAACGAGCGACGGACGCUCAUUGUAAGUACACUGUCAAUAAAAUAAUUCAUUGGGAAUCUUUUGUUGCCUUUAGCAUUUAUAAGUCACUACAUUGGUUCUCUGAACCUGGUCACCCACUAGUGCACAAUUUAACGUGAUUUGUAAGGGGGGGGGGAAUGAUAACUAGUUAAUGUUUGGAUUCGACCUUUACACAAUUUCUGACCACAAACUUCCCUCAUUUGACCUAGUUGUGGAAAACUUGGUGGCUUCGCUGGGUUUCUGGCCCACAACAGUGAGUGCAACGGUCUAAGUCCCUGAGCUACGAGGCCCUGAACCAGGGGCUGUAGGUCUAAUUACAUUUGGGUCAAGUUACUUACCCACCCUAUUGCAACUUAUGGAAUCCACCAAUUCUGAUACAGUAAGCUGACUGCACAUGUAGGAUUUUCAAAUCAGUUGGUGUUUAAUCCGCCUGACUCAAUUAAUUGAUGCUUUUGGCAGAUUUGAAUAAUUGCUAUGACCUAUUUGCGAAAGGCUUUGACAGUACUCAAGAUCUGCAUUUGCUGUCGUGGGCUCUAAUCCCACCAAGGUCACAAAGUUUUUCAGAAUUGGUUUGGAUUGAUUAAACAUUUGCCGAAAAUCGUUUUUUGCAUCAAGUCCUGCGUCAUAAAAGUUUCAGAAAUAUUUUAGGUCUAAACUAUUCCUGAGUAAACAAGGGCGAUCUGGUCAUUCCUUAACGUACGUACAAACACCGAAAAAUGCAAAAAAAACUUUACAAGAUUCAGAAUGUCGAGAUUCGGUUUCAGGAUGGGAGCACUUACAUUAAAUAUGUGGCUGUCUCCCUUAGGAAAGCAGUACAACGCAUCAGCAUGGAAGCCUGUCUCAUUCGCGGACUUGACCUUUAAUUAAAGUGUCAAACAGGCACUUCCAAAUAUCUCAAGUAGUUCUCGUGUAGUUCCGAUGAUCAAAAAUAUGGACUAGAGGAAUAGGGUGACAAAUAGUCGAAAGGUUUAGACGGGGUAUGGAAAACUCUCCUCCGGGGUAAACUAACGCUGAAAAAGUGCGAACACUUCGCAAAUGCACCUAAACUGUUCCCACUACUUAUGCUUAGUUGGUAUUUUUGGCAUAUUUGCAUAAUUCAUCCGAACAAACUGUAAAAACUCCGACGGCCUCGACGUCGUUCGGACCCACGAGAGAAAGUAUUUCGUUACAAUAUAUGAGAAGCUCAGGGUCAAAUUCACUCAAUUCGAAGGUAAAAGAUAGCUCAGAGGUCUCGAAAAAAAGUGGACAACAUUGCGCUCGAAACAGAGCUUUCUGGUGAAAUUUAAAUGACGUUAUUUGAACUUUGUCGAAGUUUAUUUCCGAAAACGCGUUUAAAGUCACAGCUUUAUCACUGAUUUUCUGGACCUCUGCUACCGCGUCUAGGGCAUUAUAGGAUAAAGCAUCCAUGCUGUCAUGAGUGUAGAUUUCAAAUUUUUGGUGCAUUACAAACUAACUCUUUACUUUUCUGAGAAUACGAUUAAAGUACGCCCAGAAACAAAAACUUUAUCUUCUUCCUGUCUUUGUAGUUGUCAGUGCGCGAGCGAGCUUCAAACGGGACCUCGCUGUGAAAUCACUCAAAUAAAUUUUGAGGAGAUAGAGAUACCGCUGAAACUCGGAGCUAAUAUUUCCCUAUCUCUGCCACUUCUUAUAUCUUUUGACAUUGUGAGCCGCGACUACGUAUCAACGGGUAAACUGCUCUCCCUCCAUGAUCAUGUGAGUCACCCUUAACAUAUUAAUUUAACUGAUUAACCAAGUAGAAAGAAAUAUUUCACAUCAGCUCCCAAAUCAGAGGCAAGUGUUUUCAAAAUCACGAGUCGUACCAAGGUUGCUUUUAGGUCUUAAAACACAAUUUCAAUGCCCUCUUUAAAACGCGGGUUAUAUUUCGGUCACUCACAUAGAUUCUGAGAGUAUUACACGCAUCAAAGACCUUAUAGGAUUUUCUCCUUCGUCAAAUUAAAAACCACAACCUUAUCGUCAGUCAUAAGAAAGGUAAUGCAUAACAUAGUACUUACUUUUGUGCCUUUUAGUUGGUCAAUAUUUGACCACAAGCCAGCUGUCUAAGUAAGUAAGUUGAAAACAAAAAAAAGUCCCGACGGCUGUUUGGAUAACCUGUUCUGGUUUCUGGUUUUACUUGGUUAAUUAGCUCACAUACUAAUUACGACCGAUCUGAUAACUUUAAUCGUUGUUGCAAACCGUGGGGAUUAUCUAGAAUAUCUCAUGGUCAGACAAAUUCCCAACGGUUUUUUCUAAUUUUUUUGUCUUUCAUGCAUAUUUGGAGACUUAUUGAUAUCUUCUGAUCAAAGUUUUACUGGUUCUGAAUAGAUUCUAGGGGUUUCAAAAAGGUUACUCAGUCUGACUCUUUUUCAGCUGUAGUGCCUCACAUUACUUAAACCGGUACAGUAAGUUGCAUCUCAAGAGAAUUAAAUAAGGGGUAUAAGGAGAGAAUAGAUGAGGAUAGAGCCCGUAGGGAAGAAGAUGCAAUCACUUAAAGAAGAAUUUUAUCUCAAAGACUUCCUGGGACUGAUCUACUUGUUUCUACCAACAACAGGGUUCGUAGUUGCCGGAGCCCGUUCAGACAGUAUGUUUCGUAUGCCUUCAUCAUACAGAUUAGACCAAAAAACCCUUCCAGUCAGGGUACAGUGGGAAAAAACGACACCGGCCACUGCGGUCUACUUCGGCUGCCCACGCAGUACAGAAUGCUUUUUAAAAACCCACCAAACAGGUGCAGCUUGAAAAUAAAACACAAACAGCUUAUCACCGGUCUUAGUGAAGUAUUUACAUCAGUUGGUCAGAAACACGGAAACAAGAGCGUUAUUCUCAUACUCCGAGGUGCUCUUGCUUUUCUGAAGUAUAUGACGAAGUAAAAUGCGUUUGAUUUCUAUCAAGAAAUUGCCGUUUGUUUGAGAAUAACACAAAAAAUGUCGGUACUUUAACCUCCGAUCAGUCUGUGAAACCUGUCUCUAUUGUGGGCUUUGUAUACCUGUGGGCUAAACUCCAUCCAUGUAGGGAGCCAUUUGACGCAAGUCUAAAGAAAUAUCGCCCAAACGGCGAACAAAAUAUCUUGGUUUGAAGUUUACAUUGCAUCUUAGCCUAUUUUGAAGCUGUCUAUUUUUGUUUCACAGAACGGCAAGUUGGUACUGGAUAUAUCGAUAGUUUUUGGUCGCCUGAAAGUCCAAUCCCAAACUGUCGACAGUUCACUGCCCACUCUUAGCGACAACGUUUGGCAUCAUGUGGACAUUGUCUUCUUACAAACGGUAGGAGCCCCAUUUGCCUUAAGUUUGAUGUUUAUGGAAGGUCUUGGCGAGAUUUUUUACUCCUAAAUCACGGCCUCCCAGGUUUUGCUCUAGAAGACAAAGCAAAUAACAGGGUUAAUUCUUGUUGCCUCCCGAGAGAACCUGCAAGCACUAAAUGCUCGGAAAAUGAUAAGUGCCUGAUACAUUUCACGGCGACACAAAAUCUUUGCAGGUAACGUAUAGGUAAAGAUUCGACGUAAUGGCCUCACAUUUCGGAAAUCCAGUGCAAUUCAUGAGAAAUAUGUUUCCUUUGCAAAUUAGGUAGCAAACUCAAUCUUAAUGUCCACACCAAUGCCAACCAGUUUCAAGGCGAAAAUAGGAAGGACAUUCCGCGUCACUGAUUUUAUUGCUGGAUCUGGGGUCAUAUCUCAAUGCAUUUAGUUAGAUUGCCUUUUGCUUGACUCUGUUUGUUGGGAUCACUUAAAUCCAUGGACUGUAAUACCUAAGGGACCCGUGGGAUUUUCAUAUCUUCUGUUGUUUGUCAAAACUAACCGUAUGCCCCGUGGUAUUCACUGCCAGAAAGUGCUGUUCUUAAUAAUAUAACCGUCAGUAGUAUUUUUUCGACAAUCCGUGAUUUCAGGUCCAGUAAUUUGGGGACUCGGUCCGCUAAAUGUUCCGGAAUCCGACCAGUCCGGCCGUUCUGUGUGCCUCGCAGGAAGAUGAGCACAGUACGGUGACUUGCGGGUGAAUUAAUUUGUAGUGAUGACAUACUUGCGCUGCAUCUGCCGCACCGACCCACCUGGAUCCGGUGACAGGAUUAAGUUAGGGCGCCAGAAGGCGGGAUCGGGUGCGGUGGCUGAAAAAGCUGAACAACCCGCCCACGCAUGCAAACACGACCUGGUCGGCUCGUAUCCUACCUAGGUGGGAGUGCCAUAGAGGCCGCAAUGGGAGCCAUUGUAGCCUGACCCUCCGUUCGAAGAGGACGGAGUUAUCUCCUUGGUUGUCGGCUUUACAAGCCCCGACUUAUAGCGCCUCGUUACAAAUGCAAGUGCGUCCGGUUUGUUGCACUGAGCAGUACGGUGAAGUGACUAGGGAUGGUGUCCGAACUUAGGUAAUUUGCUGGAUGUCUAAACGAACAUUUAGGUUAUCAUUUGUCGACUACUCGGAUGGUAGGUUUUUAAACUGGCUUGCAAGGAACGGGACGAUUUGAUGGACACGGAUUCAUAUUCUAAAUGACUUAUUGAUAGCUGCACCUGAUAAAUACAAUACGGUUGACUUGAUUAUUGUGAGUUAGUGUGAUUACGUUGGCAUGGUGUUGCUGUAUGUUGUGAUGUAUGUUCUGUUGGUGGUCUUGUUUCUUCGUUGCCGCGUCUACAUUUUUUUCGGCCCAGUGUCUGUGGGCCUUCUUUAUUUUCGGCCUGUCGUCUCCCUCCAACUUUCGCGUUGGAUGUUUCAAGGUAAGACUUUAGAGCUGUGGUCAAGGGUUAGGGUUAGCGUUAGGGAUAGGGUUGAGGGGUUAGGGUUGGGGGUUAGGGUUGUGGGUUAACUUUAGGGGUUGGUGUUAGGGUUUGGGGCGGCUAUCUACCAACAAUUCAAAGUAGAAACGCACAUUACCAAUAGCUUUUUCUUCGUAUACAUUUACUUGACCUCACUACCUGUGCCUUGUCCGGCCCCACCUGUAAAAACACCUAUUACCGUCAGUCCCGUAUUACCACCGGUCUCGUAUUAUAGCCGGCUGGCGUUUGUGUGUCUCAGGUGCGGCUACAUAACCACAUCUGAGCGACUUGUUUUGUUGGCGUAUGCAACAUGUUCCUUAGGAAUUGACCGAAAUAACGCGGUUCCUUAGUCGGUAUGAUCGUGAGUAGAUUGCUUUAUGUGCCACAUCCAUAAUUCCAAACAUUCAACAUGCGUUGUACCCCGUCAGCCUUCAGCUGGCGGCGUGCGGUAACAAAAAUAACCAAGCAUAUACACUAUUAUCAUUCAAUCUCUGAAAAACCUCUUAUUCGUGCCACGUGCCCUAUCGUCUUCGAUAAGGAUGAGAAAAAAUACAUAAAAAUAAACUUCCGAAAAUUGUCCUACCUCUCUCUCUUAGUGUCACCGCGAUCAUAUUUUUCUGUUAGGUCAUCCUGCUUGGAUGGGUUUAGUUGUUUUUUGCGUUUUUGUCUACGAUGCAGGGCGUGCAAACAAUGUUCCAUUGACUAAAGGGAAUCUGCAGACCGUCUGAGCUACCUUUGUGGUCAACUUUCUUGCAAUAAACUCCGGUCUUCAAUUUUUCUCAUUUCGCCUUCUGCAGGGUAUUCAGCUGCACGCCUUCAUCAUCUUCGAUUUCUGCGCAAGUAGGCAGAACUGCGGGCAGGAUUUGACGCUGGAAUCGGUCAUGCCAUCUCAACCGACUCUGGUCCAACUUUCAGUUGGCGGCAGGUCAAACGAUGGGAAUCGGUUGCGGGAACUGGCUCUUAGCAAUAUCGUCGUAAACUCCAAAGUACGCGUACACGUUCACUUUUUUAUAUUUAUUCUUUGAUUUAACAUUUACUUUUGGUCGGACCAGGGGCCGUGCGUCAAAUUCCAGAGCAGUGCCUAUUAUCGUGUCCUAAUCCAAACACUAAGCCUAACCUUAACUACAACCUCAAACCUAACCCUAAACUUGGCCUAAACCAUAAUCCCCCCUCCCCCUUGGAAUUUAUCGGAGGGCCACCCGUAAUACAGGCGGCACCUGUUCCCGCAUUCUACGUUACAUUUAAAGGCACGCUCUUCAUUUGCUGCAUAAACGGUGUGUCGCAUACGUCUCAUAUUCUACCCGUUUUCAGUAGUAAGCCAAACAUUGUUGCUGAAUUGAGUUAUAUAAUUGUCUGAACAGUGAGCAAAAAGGACAAAUUACGUUAUAAAAUAUGGCAACUCUCUUUAGCUAUAUUUAUAUAUAGACGAGAAAUGUUCAACAUAAGGGUUGCAACACUUAAUUGAACUAUAUUCCUUUAUCAGAAUAGGUUAUGCCAUUCUCUAAACUGAUCAGUUGACUUUAUUUGCUUCAUGAUUACGUAGUAUAUGAUGGUGUACAAAACUGACGCACUGAACAAAGUUUAAGAUAAAAAGACUUGAAAAAUUAGAUUCUGUACGAAGACAUAAAUACGUCAAAUGUUUAGAAAGGUCUUUAAAAGAUGUCAGAUGGAAUUAUUGUUGUAAAGAAGACGGAAACUUGCCAUACUGUUGAUUUAAACAUUGUUUCCUAUCAUGAUUCACCAUGGAGGUCCAUGCUUAGCAUAUUUAUGCAUACGUUUCUUGUCAUGUACUAGCUGGUGGACGUGACUGACGCGACGGCUAGCAGACCCGUCACUCGGGGCUGCAAGGCCUGCGAGUUUGCCUGCGGAAAGAACGGUGAUCGUAAAUGCGGCCCAUACGGCGUCUGCCGUAAUCCCUGGACCGCGACUGAACGUUACUCCUGCUUCUGCAGGGUGGGUUAUCAACCGGACGUGGCCUCGCCCAGCACAACAACAUCACCCACGGACAGGUGCACACAGGGUUAGUCAAAAAGUCUAGUUAUGUAUCAGUAUCUACGUGCAGUUUUUUGUCUAACAGCGCAGUAGAAAGAAAUUUAGCGGAAUCUACAAGAUCAACCUUUUGAAGAGUACGCUUUUAACCCCUGGGUUUGCGGCCUUAGUCAUUAAAUACAUUUUUCACAAAAUUGCAGAUGAUACCAAAAGCAGGCGUAAAUCCGUACAAGUGCAGGAGUUUAUCGUCAUUGACAGAACAAAGUAUUGCUCUGUGAUGUACAUAGGUGUAGAUGUUCAUAAAUUACUCCAUGAAUGCGCACCGGUACUGCACACGAAGUCAUGCCGACAAAACAUGGGUAAGAAUCAACUCCGAUAAAUGGAAAUUAUACAGCAAAGCGGGCGAUUGGUGCCUAAAUACCUAAGGACAGAAUGACAACAGGGAAUAUCACCAGGUCAAUUGGUCUGAUUUAAAUAAGUGAAGAAGAAAUAUUUUUUGUCGAAUUUUUUUCUGCUACCCUGAGCUGAAAAGGGGAUGUUUUUACUGCAGAAGUAGAUGCAUCUGCUGAAUGGAAAGUAAACUAAUGAGGCCUUACGAAGAGCUCACUACGUCAUACGACAAUCAUGUUAGGGCGGAUCAUCGGUUUGCCUAAAGCAAAUUUGGGAAAGAAAACAAGGCGGGAGAAUCGUGAGAACGUAUGUUGUAUUUCUGCAGAGUAUGAUUCGGUUCGAUCAAAUUUAUGGAUUUCCGGCAAGACCGCACUAAUGGGAGACUUUUGAAAUUUUCUCUAGAUGUCCACAUCUUGCACACCUAAAUAAGGGCGGUCACUGCUUCAGAUACAUUUUACCAACUGGUGUUUUGCAUUCGAUUUGCCAAUAUCUUUUCGAGGGUAAGCGAUACAGGAGAAAUUUUGUAGGAAUAUCAGGGGAAUCUGAAUCAGUGCCCUGGAUUAUGCUAUUCGGACAGUCGCAGACCAUGGUGUCUGCCGUGUGUCCCAAAGAGUAGUGGGUGCAGGUUAGUGAAUAGUGUGUGAAUUGAUUUAUAAUGAAGCAGACUUACACAGAACCCACCACUCACCCGAUCUUCAUAGUAAGACGGCGCCAGGACCCUCGGAAGCUAGCUCGGACCUGGCAGCUGGCAAAGCUAAGCAACACCUCUACACGUGCCACGCACGACCUGGUUCCCACAGGAUGCACCAGACUUUAGCCAGGGCGCCCGGAUUCUGCCCGAAUAGGAGUGUCAUGAGGAAGUGUUAAGAAGGAGCCGCUUAACUUGACUCUCGGUCAUCCAGCCAGUCGUUCCACCCACACAGAACUGACCACGAGGACCGAGUCACCCCGGCAGUUGGCAGCCUUCCAAGCCAUGACUUGUAGCGCGUUGUGGUAGUUUCAACGGAUGUCGAAUUGUUUAUGGUGAAGAAUAUGUCCUGAGUUCAGCAGUACACAGAGUCGAUCUCACUCUUUCCCCUCUCUCAUCUAUCAGCCCACUGUCCGAGCCUGCCAACCACAUGGUGCUGGGAUUUGACGUAGUGACUGGCGCGGCAGGAUGGCUGACGAUUAACAAUUAAUUGACACCGGGGUUGGAAUUCUCCAUCUACCUCAGCUGAAUAUUCCAAAGCUCAGCCACUACGAGUUCAUAGUUGAAUGACGCGAGGAUAAUGAUCGGGUGAAGGAUUCCAGGCAUUUGCGGCAUACAAAGAAUACCUACUAUACUUAUUUAAGUGGGUUUUAGUCCGACAAGAUCAUUUCGGUUUGGUGUUUCGUCGUACAAGUUUGAGUCGUUUGUCGUAGACGGUCUGGUGCAGUAUCUACAAUGAUCGCAGCUCAGAGAGUUGAGGAGCGAUCGUUGUAGGCACUUAAUGUAUACUUUUUAAAUUGUCCUGCUAAAUUUCGGUUGCGAUAUGUCAAUGCAUUGAAAUGUUUCCGCCCAAAAAACGACUUUACCAAUUAUCUAUGCUUAUUUUGCCAUCCCUCUAUGCAUACAUAGGCCCCGCCCGUAAAACCCCUAUUAACACCUUUCCCGUAAGACAGGCACCUUUGGCUGGUCGUGUGUGUUUGGGGUCCUUCAACCGAUCGUUGCCGACGCGAGCUCUGCUCGAUGCUCGAUUGACUUGCGUUCUACUUUUAGAUGGGUCAAUGCCCCUGGUUGAAGUACCAAUAGAUGAUGAUGGCCAAUAGGCUGAAAGUGGGUAAUCCAGUGCUUCAGGCUCUGUCGGUAGCGUUUCUCGAGUACUUAUUAUUGGUCGCCUCGCCAGCGCCCCUGUGGGCUGCAGAUACUCACUCACAAGGCAAAACAGAACCGUCCUUAUCCCUUCCUGUACCAAGGACAGAUCAAGAUAAGUCAUUUUUCUGCAUUGGAAAAUGAAAACGUGACUUUGAGCUUUUGGGAAAAAUCCGGAGAUAUAGACGUCAUGGUUCAACCUGCUAAGUUAGAUGAAACAUUUAUUCGCCCACAACACUUGACAGUUAUCGGUACACAGUAACGUUGAUUCGCAACUCUGUUCUAUAUCAAAACCCCCAGAAUCGCCAGUCUGGACAACCACAUCUCACGCCGUCAUGCUCCCGUUUCCGGCAAGUGAGACCUUCGCCAUUCAAAUGAGUAUCCGGACCCGAUCUACAGACUUCGUCGCGCUUCAGGUUGAUCCGGAUUAUCUUUCCUUUUUCGUGAGUAUACCUAACCUAAUGAGUAUGUCUGGCUCAGCGAUAUUUCUCUAAAAUGUACUAUAGCAUGAACCUGUGCAAAAGAAUUGGAAAUACGGCUGGUCAAACAUUUAAUAUCUAACCAAAAUGUAACAGAAAGUUUAAACACUAUGAAUGGUGGCGCUACGCCUGGGUACUCCAAGUUCUAUGGAUUAUCUCUUAUCUCUACGAAACGAAGUUUAAAAUAGCAUAUUCAGCCCUCGUACUGUCAAGUUAGUAAACCAUCCGAAAGUGUUGUGACCGCAUAACAGCUGGCUCACCUCAAUUGGAGUGCUGUCGUUUGGAGCUAGCUGUGACCUUACACAAUUUACUACCGAAUUAUACAUCGCACGGUGUGAGGUCGGCUUUGGUGACCUCGCGAACUUCACCGUAUAUUCCGCAGCAUAGGUGAAUUAAUAGUUAAAAAUCAAAAAAGUACGAAAUUGUUAUCAAACGAGUUUAAUGUCUUGAAAUAUGGUUAAUUCAUGGUCGAAGUUCAAAGGUAUUUGUUUUAUGCUAUGUUGUUCCCUAAAAACCCUUAGUAAAAGUGGCAAUUUUCAAUACCUAAAAUGGCUUGGGAAAGGACAUCUAUACACCAAGACUCCCCUCACACCCAAAGCAAGCCUGCCUAGAUGUUCAUUUCGUGGCCUAUUAUUGCCGCCGUUUUCGAAUAUUGCAGGAUGAAGUAUCGCGUUUACGGGCAUUUUUUGCAGAUUUCAAACAAGGGGCAAUUUUUGAUGACGCACGUUCUGAUGCUGUAAGAUAAAUAUGUAUCCACAUGUACACAAACGUAAACAAAUAGGAGGAACUCGUGAAAUGUGUAAAAUAAAUGGAUCAAUCUGCAGGUGUUGUAUUACUUUGAGGAAAGGCGAUUCAUGGGAAGGAAGUAUUGACGUUUCUGGCCGAUAUCAAUGCGUCGGAAGCUAUGGGCUGAUUUACGACCAUGCGCCAACAUAGACGACGAAAAUGUACAUACCCUCCAACACUAGUUCUCGGCUAACUCCGUUUCCCUGGUCUGACAUUGAUGUCACUCUUAUGAAAAAAGGAUCCCCAGGUCGGAGAGUUACUAGUGAAUGCAGGCAUGCCGUCGCCUUGGAAACAUAAAUAAAAAGUCCAUGGCAGGUGGAUUGAGCAAAUGAGAAUCUUUAUAUCACCGAAAAUGUUAUCGAGAAAUAUGGUGUCAUUCUACUCAAUAUCUGGACUCGCUUAUUUUACGCAGAAAGCGUGACACUUCGGGAAAUUUUGUUGACUUGGAUUAGCGGUCUGUCUCUUUCCAAAUAGCAUAUGAUUUGUCUCGCCUUAUUGGUUUGUGUAAGAAUUCACAUAUUUUUCACAGAGUCAGUUGCUAAAGCAUAAAUGAGACUUUCUGGGCUAACGCCACAUCAACUGCCUUUAAUUCACGCAAUACAUAUGUCGGUUUAAUAGCUUACAUUUAAUUGCUCAGAUGCCGAGGUAGAAAAAUUUACCAAAAAUAGAGUCGUUGUUUCAUGUAAUAUUUCGCCGGGACUGAAACCCCAGGGUGAUUGUUUUUGAAAUAAAAAAACAUCGAAAAUAAUAGCUAAACUGCACUUUGUCGCAGAGAUUAACGAUCUACCACUUCAACUAUGGGUCCGAACUCUGUCGGCUGUCGAGCGAUUAGUAAAAUAAUAUGCGAUGAACGUAACCAGUCUAACACACGAUGUUACGAAAAGGUACGGAUAGUCCGUUUUGCCCUGGAACUGUGGUCAAAAACUCUCAUGGAGAUGAGCUGACGGUGCCUGAUGAGCAUUACUGACGAGCGACAAAAUGAAUUAAAGUGGAAAGUUCCGUCUUUUUUCCGUGAUCAGUCAGCUCUCCACAAUGCCGGCAGAUGGCCGAUACAGUAUUGAUUUUUUAACUGGCAUCCCUCUCGUGGGACAUCUUAGACCUUGUGAACUUUUCUCAAUACUUUCUUCAAUAAAUGUGCUGGGGUGCUUACAGCCAACACUGGGUUUUGUGUGGCAAAGUGCCACGUGCGUCCAUUUUCCAGAGUUUUUUGGAGAAUAGUUAUCGGGCGGUACGAGGUUGCGUUUUCGUUAGACUAGGGUGGCACAUAUUUGGUACAACUUGACAUACACCCAGUAGGGCCGUUGCUAAUGGUUUGGUCUUAGCGGCACAACCGAUGAAGUUCAUUUCAAAAUGUCACUCUUCUUCGAAUUUUCUCUUGGAACUACAUUUUAAGCGCAGCUUUUUUCAUUUCAGUUUGAGAAAACCAGCACUUUUCCCAAAUUAACCAAUAGAGCUCACUUUUGUCAGCAGAUAUUUUAUGACGUCAAAAGCGAUCCCUUGUCGGUUGCGUAGGCAGCACAUCGCAUGUCUAAGUUACGUAGACCUUAGCUCUGCGGUAGUUUAUGAGGGUCUCGUUUAUAACAUUUGCUAAUUAAUUUCUGCAAAGGUGGUCAAGUGACGCGCUAAUUGGCGUGGAAGUAUUCGCAUCAGCGCGUAUCCCCAGGUUGAGUCCAAAUUCGUCCACAUUUUGAGCGUUUUCCAAUCCCUGAAUCAUUUUAAGCCAGAUCUGCCAUUGCAUUAGCACUUAGCGAUUUCAGUUUACGCUGUGUAUGCUUUCCGCGCAAGGAAAAUCAUAUUUUCCUCCAUGCCUUUAAGAAGAUACCAUGUAGAGUUCAUAAAAUUUUGCAAUGGAUCCGGACUGUGAUGUACAUUUCAUGAGAAGUCUUGGUAAACUGACAUGGACGAUGUUGUAUAUACGAGCAUCGUACGGUCUUAAAAAUCUUAUAAUUAGAAACUUUUUAAAACCUAAAUAUACACUUUCCUUAGAUAUAAAAUAUAAAGACAGUGUGAUUUUCUACCAAACGAGUAAAAGAAGGCAUAUCCUUGUGCACAUUUUCUAUAAAAUAUAAUUGAAUUUAUAAGACUAUCGAAAAUCAAUACGAAAAUGCAUGGCACUUAUGAAGUCGUUUUUGCAGAGCGCGGUUUUUGCAGGAGGUCAAAAGGAGUGCAUCCAAAAGCCGACAUCCUGAUGAGUCCGAAAUGCGGUAGGAUUAUGUUGCAUGCUAACCAAUAUUACAAUCCCACCUUAGUAAUCCUUCCUAAUCGAAAACACAUUUCAGAAUUUCGGCCAACAUUUCAUGAGAUCGAUCACGCACUGUAAAAAAUUAAUCAGACAUGAUCCGUUAAAAUACGGCUCUGGAGACUUACAACGCAUCAAAUCCGUUUCGCUAUAGUCUUUUAUAUCCCACUGCCUCUUCUAGUAAUAUCCUAAAGAACCUCCAGAAGGGCUGAGGGAACUACAACGCACUAGAUUUUUCAUUAAUAAAAAAUAAAGCGAGUUUCGAGCGUCUCUGGAAGGCCAUUCAGGACGACGGAUAGAACACCAGCUGAAAUGCGUCCCAAUGGGAGACGCAAUCUCAAAAACGGACCGGAUACAGCUUCGGUGCAGAAACAAGUCAUGACCAGAGGGCUCAUCUAAGGAGAAAAAUGUUAAUUAAACGGGUUGAGCAGUAGAACAUCCAAAGUGGAGGUCCGACGAUUACUUUAAUUAUUCCCAGACAAGCAUCAAAGCGUCGGGCGCUAUAAGUUUCUCUUUCCUGUAUUCUGUACUUGAGAGUUAGCAUUGAGGAUUAUGUCAACUGAGUCCAGUAAAGUUAGACAUAUUUUUGCCUACACGAGAGUUCUCGGUCAAACAUCAAUGAAAGACUGUUCAGACUGGUAGGUAAGCCCAUACUGGUCGUCCCACGCAAUACCAAGAGGCCAGCGGAUCGAUUUCGUUUGGACGCCCGCUAUCUCAUUGCGCCACCACCGAAGUUUCCAUGGCCUCUUCAAAGAAAUAUUCAGUUGCAGAGAGACAGAUGAUAAAAAGCAUAAAGACGCAGCUUUCAAACAGGCCGCCAAAAUUUUUAACUGGGAUUAUGGAAAGCGGCAAAUGUCAACAGCUUAGACUUAUUAUAAGCCACCCAAAUGUGUGGCCAUUUUUUUGAAACAAUUCCAACACUAGAAGUUUCCCUUCUUCAAGCUUCAAAAUGGGACGCCUACACUGGCUUUUGCGAAUACGGUACUAGAAAUUCCAAAUGUCAACGGCUCCGACGGUGACUGGCAUCAUUAUCGUGUGAGCAUAACGCCACGGUGAGUCUCCUUGCUGAUUCCUAUGCCAAAAAGUUCAAUUAGACGAAACCUGUUUCGUUUAUUUUAAGCCCAAAACAGUCAAAGGACCAAUUAUAAUACAUCUGAACUUUAGUCGCAGUCUGAAUGCCAUAGUUUCUGAAAUGUGACGCGUAAGCGUGCUUUCCACUGAAAGUUAUUACUUUGGAAGUUACGGUUGUCUGCUAGUCAGCUUAAUAAAAAAAAGUAUUUGGUAGGCGAGGAGUAUUGACGGUAAGGUUGUUCCAUCUUAGGUGUUUAUGCCUCUUGAUACUAGUCUAGUGUCUUGUCUAUUAGUCUGCAUAUAUCGUUGAAUCUCUGGUUAUCAGGCGGUAAAAACUGUUGGGUUGCAUUAGCCUGGGCGGCCUUAAACUUGCGUGCGUAAGUCAAGGCGAACUCUACUCACAAAAAACAGCCUGUUUGUUGUAUGAGAUGUCCAUAGUCUGUAAUUUAGUGGCCGCGGUGCAGACUGUAUACAAAAGGCGAGAUUGCAAUAGUGAUGCAUUCCUGUACCUCCUCGGUUCUUAUUUAGGUCCCAUGAACAACAAAUGAAUCGGCUUAGGGAUCUGGUUUACUGCCCACCUUGUCUGGAGUCUCGCGUACUGCUGCCAGGUGGAUGGUCUGGCUCUACUCGCAGGGCUGUUGAAAAUACCUCGUAUGCUUCUGUCGCUCUGACGCACUCACAUAGUUUCGCACUUUUGCAUAAAACGGUAAACACGACAAACUCUCAUGCAGGGUGCCAGAGGACUGAACCAGCGACACUACUUUGCAUAUAUCCGAUAGAAAGUCUAUGCACGGCCAGGACGCCUGGGGGUCUAAAGCAGGCUGACUUCCUGACAGUUGACCUUAUAUACACGAAUUUCCUCUUUUUAAAUUACCUGUCAUGUUUUCUAAUUUUUCUUUAUUCGAUCUGCGGAGCUCAUAAACAGCUGUUGAGCCGAGUCCAAGUACUCUCGUCGUACAGAAACUGAAAUUCCAAUCAAUUUCAAAUAUAACUUUCUUCCUAGAGACAAAAAGCAGUACUGGCGAAAGAGCAUGCCAAAGGAAUUUAUGUUUCUUUGUAGAUUAUCCAAUUGAGUGCAAACUAAACUAUCUAGGCGUUCACAUCUAGAAUCUUAGAUGCGCCGUCAGAAUACUUAAGGAGUUUUGUCAAUUUUCAUAUCUGAAUGUGAAAGGUUUUUAAUUGAUUACUUCAUUUUUAGGAUCCACGGCUUUGAGUACCGUUUGGUGCAGUUUGCUGUAGAUGAGUUGUGGGACGACAAUCACAAGUUCUUUUUGGUGGACACUAAUCUCCCUGAGCCAAAACCACACCUAAGCCUUCUGAUCGGGGCCAAGUCAAGUAAGUUUGCCGAAGUAGAUUUACCAAAUGAUAAGUUUUUUGUCAACAGUCUUCCGACUGAACAGUGAAAAAAACGCUUUCAACUGUCCCUACAAAUACGUUGCCGUGGUAGAUGGGCUGCGCUCAAACAGUAAUAACUUACGUUGGGUCAAAUAAAAAUGUGCAAUAUCCUUUUAACGAAGGAGCUUUAGAGAAGAGGGCGCGUCCACUAGAAAAGGGCCACAAGGAAAAGAAUCAUAUGCUGUGGCUUUUCUGCUGACCUUCUAGCGUGUCAUUGUUGUGUCGGGUGACUUCUAAAGACUUAUCAGAUCAUGCAUCAAGGCGGAGUGAAAAAACCACUUUCCAGGAAGACUAUAUUUGCUACAGUCAUCCACAUGAAUCCCGCAUAUGCACCACACACCAACGUUUUCUGAGAACUGUGGAAUUAUAAAUUUCAAAUAAAACUGAAUUUGUCCUUUCUUAUUUAUCUGUCAACCACGUGUAAACAGUAGGUAGGCUAACUCAUGAAAUGUCAACCGAAAUUCCGAAAUGUGGUUUCGUUUCGAAAAGAUUAAUUAAAUGGGUUUGUAAAAUUAAUGGUUGUACAGCAAAAUUCUAUAAUAAUUCAGUUACCUCAGGAUGCCGGCUUUCGAAGGAAUUUCUUUUCGGCUGCACGCAGAAACUACACUCUGCAAAAAACGGCUACUUAAGUACCAUGCAUUUUUCUCAUUGAUCUUCGAUGUCCUUAAAAAUUCAAUUAUAUUUCAUUAAAAAAUGCAUAAAAAUAUUCAUUCUUUUACUUAUUCGGUUAACAAUUACGUCUUCUUUCAAUUUUAUACACGAAGGAAGGGUAUUAUUCGGUUUUCAAAAACUUUUCCAAUUCCCGAAUAAUUCUGAACCCAACCUGCCGUUACGCCUGCAUUCGGGGUCUCCGAACUACAAGCCGCAUAUUUUCCGUGUAUGGAAAACCGUAAAUUUCUGUGCGGUAUUAAGAAGAGAUCUUAUUGGGCUCACAUAACUUAGCAGUGGAUUUGGACCAUAUUGUUGACUUUACAAGCCACAUUGGUGAAUGCUGAGACUUUACGUUUUGUGAACGGCAUUUCAUGGUAUUACAAAUCUCACAAUUAGAAAUUUUUAAAACCAAAUUGUACCCUUCCUUCGAGUUCAAAAUUGGAAGAAGACGUAAUUUUCUACCGAAUGAUAAAAAAAUGAAUAUUUUAAUGCGUGUUUUCCAUGUAAUAUAAGUGAAUUUUUAAGAGCACCGAACAUCAAUGAGAAAAAUUCAUGCUACUUAUGUAGUCAUUUUUUGCAGAGUGUAGUUUCUGUGUGCAGCCGAAAAGACAUUAUUUUGAAGGCUGACAUCCUGAGGUAACUGAAUUAUUAUAAAAAUUAUGUUGCAUGACGAUUAAUUUUAUAACCCUACUUAAUUUAUCUUUUCGAAGCGAAAACACAUUUUGGAAUUUCGGUUGACAUUUCAUGAGUUAGCCCACCUACCGUAUCAUACACAGUCAGCACAAUAAACAGACUUUGAUCUGUCUUGGACGAAACACAAAUGGACAGUUACGAUUUAUCUAAUUUAUAGGGAUAAUUUACAAACAGUGACUUUUAACGGGUGACCUGUGGCACAUUUGUGAACAAAUCUAAAAUUAGUCUGCGUCUGGGUCAAAUUUUACUAGGUGCCCGUUGUUUAUUAUUUAUUUCUUUCGUGAGUAGCCACAAAAUGCAAUUGCUACAUUUUUCCUGAAUAUGCUUUGAUUGAAAAUUUGCAUAAAUGCGCCUAAUCUGUCCUGCUGUGUUUUAAUUGCUGAGUUCGGAAGCUUCUAGAUAACAAACUAAGAUAGUGCAUACGAGAGAGAGGAAAUGCGGUUAUCUAUUUUUUCAUCUCAUAUCUUUAUUAUACGAGAAAACAAUCGAAAAUAGACUCACCAACGUGCAAAACAACUGCUUCAUGGAUACGCUGCAAAGUGUUCAAUGAGUGCUUCUUCGUACAACCAUAGGCUUCUAUUUCGUUAAAAAUCCUCGAGAGUAAGCAUAAAUUUAAAAUGCAAAGAUACUAUGCGUAUGACCCCCCUUCAUUAACCUAGGUUGCCUUCAAGAUGUCAGGUUCGAAGUUCCGACUAUGACUAAUAUUGCUGGUCAACAGUAUCCUCUGGGAAAUGCAGAUCGCUUCAAACUGGUUGGAUUGCAACCUGGUUGUCCUAACGAGGACCUCUGCCGGAAUAGAAACCCCUGCGAGGGCAAUCAACAGUGCAUCCCGGAGUGGCAGUCCUACCGUUGCGUGUAAGUUUUUGAGAUCCCAGUUUACAACUCUUCCUAUUUAUGUGGUUUUUUAAAAUACUGCUCUCUCUAGUCCAACCCCUCCUCUCUCCAAAAACCCGUUUUUGUCUUCAAUGACACCGGCCUUCUAUCAGGCUAACAACAUAAGUGUUUCGACAAUAACUAUCUAGCUGUAAUGCAGAUAGAAAGGUUACUUCCUCACAACCUACGACAAAAUUCUGCAAGAUAUUCUAAACAUACGAGCGCUUUGCGAUUCCCAAACAGACAUUUUCGAAGGUAACUAGGAAUCAUUCCUUUCUCUAGGCUUUAUACAAGCACAAAGUGAGAGUAGAAACGUAAUAUCGAGGGACUUUAGAGAUCCCUGAAAACGUCUCCACGCCACUCUCGAAGGUCUUCACGCCUAGGUGCAUCCGCCUGACAUGGUUUCCAAUAACUCACCUAUGGAGAUCUUGGGGGUUUAAAUGUUCCGUCGGGGUUUAUCCUAGGCUUCUUAGUUUGUUGGGCUUUCGGUUGCCAGAUCCCUCUCUCUUGCAUCGGUAAGAGCUUAGGAAGCACAUUUUUUAAUUAGUCAUGAUUUGUUUUGGCAUUGUUAUUCUUCGUUUGACACAUUCAUUAGGAAGUGGUUAGAGUAGGUCUUUUUCUCAGCCGUUAUUUUUCUACAUAGUUGAUAUUUUACUAAAGCAUUUUAAGAACAUGCGAUCGCUAAGGCGCUCAUCUCUUGGUAUAUCACUUCCACGAGUUAACAGCAAGUGAAAUACUUCAGUUAACUGAACAACCCCAGUCUUGCAAACCGUUAUGGCGAAAGCAUUAAUAAAAAGUGAAGGAGAUGCGAUCAUUGGAACACGAGCUUUCUUCGCUUGAUGUUUCCCAUUCCUGGGCAAGACGGCUCUACUGGCGCAGUAGGACGUUCUGCAGCCAACCAGAGGACGGUCACGGUUGUUAACUCCCUCCGAAUCACCAAUCGGCGUGGCCUGUGUGGGCAACCACGCCAACUGGUGCAUGCAAAAUUUAUACCAGAGACCAGACUGCAUGGAAUCCAGCAUUUUCCGAGCGCUUAAGUGCAUCAAGAACAUCCCGGAAGUUGCCAGGCGUUUCUCAAGUCACCUUGGGGUUGGGUUUGCGUGCAAGUUGGAAACAACCAUCUAAUACCGAAAUGAAGAGGCAAAAGGAUCCGCUGGCACGACAAGAAGCAACUGCAGUUCCCAAACGAAUCUGGUACAGUCUCCCGCAAAGAACUGCCUCGAGGCGUACUCUGGAUGCGGACAGUCAUGCGAGCAUCAUCAGUGAGGAUGAAUGACACAACAUCUCAAGUCGCAGGUCAUUCAUAGAAGCGGGCACACCUUCAAGUUCAGCGAAACUGAAAUCCCCUCGAGAGACGACAACUACUUGAUUUGCAAGUCUAUUCAUAGUUGACCGGUCCAAAGUUUAUCAGUAGGUGCAAGGAUUUCCUCCCUAAGAGCGAAGACUUUGUCUGGGCAAAUAAAUUAGUCACAUGGUGAGCGCGUGCAUGAACACCGCUUAGAGGAACAGCGCUUGUGAGCCAGCGUUCGAGGUAAUUACUACGUCACUCACCAACCCCGGCGAUCAAGUGGUACCCAACGACUACGACCUAACCGGACAAGCAAUACGUGUGCCAGUCGUAGACACCCGCGAUUAAUGCGAGGGGUUGCUGCUGUAAGUAGCUAGGUGGUUUUAUGACACCUAAGGUAAUGCUAUUAUUUGCCUAUAUUAUUUUGCGUUUCCCUCUUCCCAGAAAUCAAAUGCGAAGGCUCACUGAUACCUGAUCGUCCAUUUCUACUUUAUAGCUGCCCUGAUGGCCUGGAACUGAUGUCUACUCCAAAUGGAAUGCAAUGCGUCCAGACCACAUGUGAUCCUAAUCCCUGCCGCAACCUCGGCAUUUGCAGGCCAAGUGACACUCUGUUUACGAUAGACAACAUCUCCAUGGCCGUCACGUGUUCCUGCCCAGCCGGAUGGACAGGGUCGUUUUGUGAGAUUGCCGCACCAGUUAAGGCCGUGCAUAUGGCCUGGUGGAGCCUGCCCGCAGCCUUUAUGGUCCUGAUCAUUGGUAAUGCGCCGUUUUGUACUUAAACGUUACAAAAUUUGGAAGCGGGCAAGACUGCACCUCGCAAGGCUUCUGGCAAAAGUUUUAACUGUCUUCCAUGCAUCCGCAGGGUUAAGAUGAAUACUCGUGAUGACCAUUUGUUGCGAAUGCGGGAACUUUGAGUAGUUAAGAAUAACAGUCAUCUGUAUGGAGUAUGCACGCUUUUUGCAGCUCCAGACCAGACCUCUUCUAUGCGGUCGCAUGUCUACAAUCAAUCAGACCCGUUACCGACUACGACAGGACAUUCUGAAGUUGUAAUCUCUGGCUUAGUUUCCACCAUCAGUCAGUGACAAGCAGACUUUGGGUGUGGGCAGAUCCCAAGGUUUUGACUCGGGUCCAGUUGUUUGAGCCACGGACUGACGUUACGCCCACCAGAAUGGGCCCCUCCAGUUUCUCCUAUCUCUAUCAGUGGGAAUUAUUGAUAGUUAAAUGUGUUAUUAUUAGUAUCAUCAUCAUUAAUAUCCGAUAGCGUUCUCCUCUACAGCGUCCCGCAUAGAGGCCUGCCGCCUUGUUGACUUGCGGCUCUUUUCAGGGCUGAGGCUCUUCCUUGUCCUAUCUGGAGUUCCUUUGCUCUAGAGAGAGGACAGCGUUGAAGUAGCAAACGGUAAACAUCAGGCUGUUAUCUCACAAUCCUCCUUAAAGAUACUACGUUAAACAGAACCUCAGCACUACGGUGUAUAGAGAGGAGACUAACACGACUCGGACUCUCCAAUACCAUAGUAACCACCCAAUGGUGCAUAAACGCAGCUGUGUUAGGGCACUCUUCCAAAGGACGGAAAGGCAUUGCAGUGAACCGGAGGGACGAGCAAGAGAACUACGGCAUCUCCGGGGCCAACUGACAAGGAAUGGAUACCCAAGCAGCUUCAUCAGCCGCUGCCUCCGCACGCACCUACGGCGCACAUGUGGAGGAGAGUUGCCAAAACUGACACCCUCUAACAGAUAUGAAGAAUGUGUCCGAAGCAACGGAACGUAUCGCUGGAGAGCUCGGCGUGGAUAUUGCUCACCGUUCGACAGCGACCAUGCGCAAAAAAAUCAUGCAAAUGAAGGACCAACUAGACGCAGUAGAACAAACGGGUGUCGCCUAUCAGAUUCCAUGUCAGGACUGCCCUCGCAACUACGCAGGAAAGACCGGACGACAGCUUGGCUCGCAAAUAACGGGGCAUAAACGGGCAGUCCGGAGAGGCGACCCGUUGUCUCUGGUAGCCAAUGACACCCUGCAGGAAGACCAUGAAUUCAACUUCGCGAGCAUGCGGAUAAUUGCGCAAGCCAGCAAUGAGACAGGGCGAGAACUCCUGAAGGCCUGAGUGUCUGAUCCACCAACCGACACGUUGAUAGCCCCACCAGCUGUCACGCGCUCCGUUCCCGCGGCCAAGAGGCGAGACUCAGUCCCCAGCCAAGGGUGACGCAGUCACGCCGCCGUGAGAGCGUGGACUGUUCCGAAGGAUUUACUCCAAGUUCGCGCAUCAAUUUCCUCGGGCAAUUAAACAAGGCAGCGUGGACUCAGCCUUGUCGCAAAAACCACUCCCUGCAUUGCUACCCCCUUCUUUUUUUGACUACAAAAACUGCUCAUCUGACGCCGCAUUCUCAGUCUCUGACGCUGGCCUCCUGGACCAGACCGAAAGCUCAGACUAGUACAUGUACUGUCCCCGUGAUCGCGCGUUCAUCCUCUUUGUAAACAGAAAUUUUACCGUAGGCCUCUUCCGUGCCAAAGCCGGCCCAGCUGUUUGCAGUCGAGCAAACCAAAGCCAUUACUAAAAUGAAUCAUUUUUAAAAGUCGAUUGUAGUGGCUAGGCCAGGCAGACGACCGCACUCCGGUUUAUAAUUUGCUUUUCCUCUUCACAAGUCAUAAUGUUCGGGGGUAGUUAAAAUGACAUCCAAUCACCGCUUAGACGAGUUUUUCAAUACUUCUCAAGAACUGUUUGCUUGCACCCCUUGCAAGACUCGUGUUAUUGUUUAUCAUAAAACUGGUAAGGAUCGGGUGAAGGCCCCCAAGCAUCUGGGGCUCACAACGAAUACAUACUAUACUUAUUUAAGUGGGUUUUAGUCCGACACGACUAUUUCGGUUUGGUUUUGCAUCGUACAAGGUUGUGUCGUCUGGCGUAGACGGUCUGGUGCAUUAUCUACAAUGACCUCGGUCCAGAGAGUUGAGAAGCGAUCGUUGUAGACGGUCUGGUGCAUUAUUUACAAUGAACUCAGCUCAGAGAGUUGAGACGCGAUCGUUGUAGGCACCUAAUGAAUACUUUUUCAAAAUUAUCCUGCUUAAUUUCGGUUGCUAUAUGUCAACGCAUGAAAACUUUUCCGCCCAGAAAAGGAUUUUAUUAAUGAUUUAUACUUAUUUUGCCAUUUCCCUAUGCAUACAUAGGCCCCGCCCGUAAAACCCCUAUUACCAGCUUUCCCGUAAGACCGCACCUUUGGCUGGUCGUGUGUGCUUGGGGUCUUUCACCCGAUCGUUGCCGCAAAACUUUCAGAAGUCAAGUUUCCCGAACAGAUCUGAUUACAGAUCUCCGCGACUCAUGAAAAUUAAAAUGUGCAUAAAUCCUCCUUGAUUCGUAUAAAUUCGAAGGGUAAACAUGUAGAUGUUUAGCCUUAGCAAAUAUAUAGCGAGUGAACUGAAUCGGAACUAUCGACUGCAAAAGAGUAAUUCUACGCAUCGUAGGACAGAAAAAGCACUCAAUUUUACACCCCUUUACUGACCAAAUGCACACGACUGUGGUACUUACCUGUCACUCUCGACAAAUUCACUCUAAAAUCACGUUUUUUACGCAUGCACUUGCUACCGCGUCCAGCCUAUUUCUCUGUAACUAUUUCCUUUAAUGGCUCAGCCUUAUGGACAACAUUCUGCUGGUUUUGGUGGAAAAAACGAAGGAAUAACUCAACCGGCGUCUCUUGCCAGAAGACAAAUGCGCAAGGUUCUCGAGUCGUCAACGAACCGGUGCUGAAUGAAACAUUCAAACAUGGUUAGUUCAUGAGUUCUCGCACCUUAUAUUUAUACAUGUAUAUUUUCAGGAAUUAAACAACUGCCUACAUGACACAGAAACAGGUUAUUACUUUGCGCUAUUUAACAGUCAGAAAUAGAAUCGACUCCACUUUCCUUCAGUACGCUAAUCAACCCAGUCUUUAGCCUGAAUUCCUACCCCUAACAUUGUGCAGUCUCCGUUGUUUAGUGGAUUUCCAGAAAAGCGCAUAUGCCACGUCAGAGUUUACAGGCUACUAAUGGUUAUGGUAAGAUGUACUGGCAGCUGCUUCCGGCUAUUUACGUCUAGCUGGGUAUCCCUUAAAAAUCACUUUUACACGGGAGGAUAUUGCAAUUCGAAUGAAUUGCCUGGCACUAUGUAUAUGCUCCGUAAGAGGCUAUUUGGCCAGUAGCGGCGUCCCGUUACGUUAUUUCAUCUUGUGUCCCUAGAAACACAGGAGUACCAGAAAUCGGCUGAUCCUGAGGUCCUAAAGAUCGGUAACGACGCGUCUAACUCCACAACAGCUACAGGUUAACACGCGCUCUUCUAAAUAACAGCAAUUUUGUUGCGCCAUCCACCAUCCGCCUAACAAACUUCCCAAGCUAUGUUUGAUUGAGCUGCCUCCCUUGAUUCAGUUGUCGUCUCACCGACUUCAGUCUUAUAGGAAAUUGCACCACCCCCGAUUUUUUCCUCAAAUCCCUGCCAUGAAAAGACCUUAUCUAACCUUCUGGCAAAGACUGCUUUAAGUGCUCUGCGGUCAGCCUGUAUAAGACGGAUCAGCUACCGAAUUAUGGUUUUCAAUUAAGGGCUUAUCUUUAAGUCUCUUUCUUUGUGACUAUAAGGCGCGUUCGAAUAGUAUCCUAUAGAUACAAAGUCAUAACGCAGAGACAGCUUGCGAAUUGUUUUGCUUUUUAUUUCUGAGAAUAAUUUUUUUAAGUGAGCAUGCACCUUGCAUACUGGUUUUGGCACUCUUCUCAUGUGAAGCCACAAGCUUCCUUGUGAAUAAGUGCCAGUGACAUGUCAGCACUUUAGUUUCACCAGUAAGCUUAACUUGACAAUAUGCCCAUUCGGACUUAUUUACUAUUGAAUAAUUUUUAAUAGUGCCCUUAGGCAGAAGUCAGCCAGACAGCGAGACACUUGCCUCCAUGGACAACUUAGCAUGGGACCCUCCGGAGGAUCGAUUUCUGACUCUGGACCAACCACUUCAAUAUGCUUUCGAGGGCUACGACACAAGUCCGACGGCGACAUAUGUAAUUGCCUAUGAAAUUGGGGAAAAGAAGUGA